CAGACACUGCGCGCUGUGCGUUGUGCCAUGACGCUCUUAGACAUCUUCCAAGCAGGUCGGGCGCCCCAUGGCACCAGCGAGUUGUGCGUGGUGAAUCGACAUGGAGCCUCUGUGACGGUCAUCCUGUGCGACAACUUUGGCGGAGGGCAGUUGAGCUGGUCUCAGCUCAGCAGCGGCGAACGGCUCUGUGUCGCCAUGGUGGAGUUGGAGGACUUUGAUCAUGCAGAAGCCUGCGCAGGCUUCUAUCCCCUGUCACAGCUAGCGUUGAGAGACCAUCAUCGUGUCUAUGGGUCAAGCUACCAGGGCAAAGAUAUCUUUAGCAUCAAGGCAUGGGCCACUGGUCAUGAGGAGUAUAACCAUGAGGCAUGGACCGUCUGCUUCGACUCCUUUCGCAGCCUGGCCGCGGCGCGGAAGACUCAGGUGUGGAUUCCCCCGGGGCCUGCCGUGUUCAUCAGCGGCAGCGAGCAAGACCGAAAGCUGGACGUGAUUUCACUGCAGCUGUCCAUGCUGAGCACGCGUCUGGAACUUCAGCUACCAGCCGAAGCGCCGCUCUCCACGUUGGUGGCCGAAAUCUCCCGCUUGGGCUACCCAAAUCCCUUGAUUGUCGGCCCUCGGAAACAACGCUGGACGGGAUUCGGCUCAGACCCUGCACUGCAGUGCAUCUCUUUGCGCAAGUUGUUGGAUGCUUCGGGUCAGUGAAAGUUAC